AUGGCGGCAGAGAGGAAAAACAGUGGGCUCGACAAUGUUGCAUUUGAUAUGCAAGUCCAAAGAGAGGCGGGUAAGACUUGUGAGAGCAGUCGUGUAGCAGCGAAAGACGACAGAAAUAAGCCCGACUAUUGCGUGACUGAUGUCCCCCAGUGGUACCUUUGUGUUUUCCUGGCCCUUCAGCAUUACCUGACAGCGUUUGGUGGAAUCCUCUCCAUCCCUCUAAUUCUUUCUGAGGGGUUGUGUCUGCAGCAUGACAGCCUGACUCAGGGUCGCCUCAUUAACACCAUUUUCUUCGUCUCCGGCCUGUGCACCCUCCUGCAGAUCACCUUCGGUGUCCGGCUCCCCAUUUUACAGGGUGGUACAUUUUCCGUGUUGACCCCUGCCAUGGCCAUGCUGUCCAUGCAAGAAUUCAAGUGCCCAGCUUGGACCCAGAACGCCACUCUGGUCAACACCUCAUCCCCUGAAUUCAUAGAAGUGUGGCAGACCCGCAUGAGAACACUGCAGGGCUCUAUCAUGGUGGCCUCCGUCCUGCAGAUCCUGGUUGGUUUCUCCGGCCUCCUCGGUUUCCUCAUGCGCUUCAUUGGCCCCUUAACCAUCGCCCCCACAGUCUCUCUCAUAGGCCUGUCACUGUACGACACAGCCGGACAGAAGCUGGGCAGCCACUGGGGCAUCUCUGCUUUGACCACAGCGCUGAUCAUCCUGUUCUCUCAGUACCUCUGUCGCGUACCAGUUCCUGUUCUUGCAUACAACAAAACCAAGAAACUGCACUUUGUAAUGUUCUACCUCUUCCGGACUGUGCCUAUCCUGCUUGGCAUUACGCUCCCAUGGUUACUCUGCUACCUCCUCACCAUCUACGAUGUCCUACCAUCUGAUUCAACCCAAUAUGGCUACCUGGCCCGCACUGACGUGAACGGAGAUGCCCUGAGCGAGGCUUCAUGGUUCAUGGUUCCUUAUCCUGGUCAGUGGGGGAUGCCGACUGUCAGCUUGGCAGGUGUGUUUGGCAUUAUGGCUGGAAUAAUAUGCUCCAUGAUAGAGUCUGUGGGCGACUACUACACAUGUGCCAAGCUGUCGGGGGCGCCUCGCCCCCCCAAGCACGCCAUCAACCGGGGCAUCGGCGUGGAAGGUAUCGGCUCUUUGCUGGCGGGGGCCUUUGGAACAGGAAAUGGCACUACUUCUUUUUCCGAGAAUAUAGCAGCGCUCGCUAUAACUAAAGUGGGUAGUCGGACAGUGAUUUUCCUAACUGGAUUGCUCAUGAUUUUGAUUGGGAUGCUGGGCAAAAUUGGAGCCAUCUUCACAACCAUCCCCACCCCUGUGCUCGGAGGGAUGUUCGUGGUCAUGUUUGGAGUCAUAUCUGCUGCUGGAAUUUCCAAUCUGCAGUACGUUGACAUGAAUUCAUCUCGGAAUGUCUUCGUUUUCGGGUUCUCCAUGUUUUCCGCACUCGUCAUUCCAAACUGGAUCGUAAAGAAUCCUGGUUAUCUCGAAACAGGAGUCAAAGAGGUGGACCAAGUUUUGACCGUAUUGUUGACCACCAAUAUGUUUGUAGGAGGGUUUUUGGGCUUCUUCUUAGAUAACACAAUUCCUGGGACCAAACGUGAACGUGGCCUCCUAGCCAUGGAGACGCUACACCUUGAGAGCUCGAACAGCGACUUGGGAACUGAGGAGGUGUAUGGCCUCCCCCUUGGCAUAACUUCUUGCCUUCGAUCCCAGUCUUGGGUUCGUUACAUCCCUUUCUGCCCGUGGGAGGGUCAGAAAAGUCAGUCUGAGGAAGACAUCAAGCCAGAGAGCCAGUGGAAUAAAGACAAACCCGAACGUAUCAUUAAUGAAAUUGCUCUAUAA